AGAUGAAGCAGUAAACAAAAUUAUUUUCCCGCAAAUAGCUUUCUUUUGUUUUUCUACUUUAAACAAGUCGAAAAAAUGGAAUCCUUUUCCGUUGAUGAAAUUUCCAAUUAUACCAAUAAUAUCAUUACAUUUGUUUUAAAUGGUGCCGCCACAAAACUGCCUCUAAAGGAAAAGGAUAUGGUUAGCACCAUAAAUGUGAAAGGAAUGUUGUUUCGCAUGUCUUUGAGUCAAGCAAAAACAGCUUUAAAAGAGACUUAUGGCUUAGAGUUACUUGAUGUUCCGGACUCAAAAACUGGUAAGGCUUAUAUUUGUAUUAGUCAAGAUACGGCCAAAUCACUGCUACUGUAUGAUGAAGAACAACAACGCCAUUUAACUUUAUUAUUUGUUAUACUUUCGUAUUUAUUUAUGCGUGGUUCCGAUACUCCAAAUAAAACGAAAACUAGUGAAGAGGAUUUGCUACUUUUCCUCAAUGGUUUACGUAUUAAAUUGGAUGAAUACCAUCCAUAUUUUGGCCAAAAUUUAAAAAAGCUUAUAAUGGAAACUUUUGUUAAACAACUUUACCUAAAACGUGAAAAAGUUGUUAGUGAAUUGGAGUCAGAAACAAAAUUUUAUUAUUAUUGGGGCUUUCGAGCACAUGCCGAAUUCGAUAAGAAACUUUUAUUGGAUGCUGUCGCAAAAAUUUUAAAGAAGCCUCCCACAUUUUUUGUUGCAAAACAUUUGGAAUUAUAUGGUAAUGAAGAUGAGGAAAUGUCUAAUGCAAAUAAUUAAAAAAUUAUGACGUUAUUAUUAAUUUAUUUGUUAGUUUAGUGUUAGUUUUUUUACGAAAUGUUAUAUAAAUAAUACCUUUAUAAAUUGUAUUAAAAAGGAUGUUCUAAUUUAUUUAUGGCAAUUACCAGGCCUAUAUUUGUAUUUACAAUUGGAAUUGAAUUUUGUCCCAUUGUUAUCGAUUUUAACAGCCAUUUUCUGAGCUAUUUUGAUCCUUAUAAUGUAAAAUGUCUCCUUAAGUAAUGAAAGUUAAAGUAAUUUCUGAAGUGAACCUUAUAUGAGAACUAGGAUCUUAUAUAUCACCACAUGCAAAGGGCUCUAACUCACCAAAAUUCCAAAUCGAUUGUAUUGUUCGUUCUAAUGUAUUUCAUCAAAAGAAAUGUCUAAAAAAAUUGGUCUCCUCGAUUUUUUUGACAAAAACCAAAUAGCUUUAUCUACAAAAACAUUGAAUAUUAAAGGUAAAAAGUCCAAUUUAUCCAUUUGUAUAAGCGCCAUUGUCAACUAUCUUAAUAAUUGAUAGGUUUCAUUGUUUAACAAUAUCUAAUAUAAUCUAAUAAAGAACAAAAAAUACA